UCCUUCGCGAGCGGACGCGGGACCGGAAGUGGCGAGGGCGGGGUCCGCGCUGAAGGGAAGGUGGCGGCCCCGCGAAGAUGCUGCUGGACCUGUCCGAGGAGCACAAGGAGCACCUGGCCUUUCUGCCGCGAGUGAACAGCUCGGUCGUCGCCGAGUUUGGGCGGAUUGCGGUGGAGUUCCUGAGGCGAGGAGCGAACCCCAAGAUCUACGAGGGCGCCGCCAGAAAACUCAAUGUGAGUAGUGACACUGUCCAGCAUGGCGUGGAAGGAUUAAUAUACCUGCUCACUGAAAGCUCAAAGCUCAUGAUUUCCGAACUGGAUUUCCAAGACUCUGUUUUUGUUCUGGGAUUCUCAGAAGAAUUGAACAAAUUGUUGCUUCAGCUUUAUCUGGAUAACAGAAAGGAGAUCAGAACUAUUCUGAGUGAACUGGCACCAGACCUCCCCAGUUACCACAGCCUUGAAUGGCGACUAGAUGUACAGCUUGCAAGCAGAAGCCUCAGGCAACAGAUAAAACCAUCAGUGACUAUAAAAUUACACCUUAAUCAGAAUGGAGAUCGCAACACCAAAGUUCUGCAGACAGAUCCAGCUACCCUGAUGCACUUGGUUCAGCAACUGGAACAAGCAUUGGAGGAAAUGAAAACAAACCACUGUAGGAGAGUUGUGCGCAGUAUCAAGUAGUCCUGGUUUUAAGUUUUAUUUCCUUUUAAUUGCUUGUGAAUUAAUGAUGUGCAGCAAUUACUUUUAAAAACUAUUUUUUUAGUUAAUUGAUAGUGAUAACUACAUAUAGAGUCUAUGAAAGUUUUUUUUUUCCUAUGACAAGAUCUGAAGUCAUGUUCAAAAGCUGACAUAAGUUUCUUUCCUGGUGCUAAAUGUGGUCAGCUUCUUGACAAAUUAGGAUGUAUUUUCUAUUUUAAAUAUGUAAAUAGGAUUGAAUCAGCUGAAAGUGAAUCUAUACUGUUCAUAUUAUCUGUAUAUAUGAAUGAUUAUACUUGUUUUAGUACUUCUUUUGACUACUUAACUUUAUUAUUUUCUUCCUUAUUGACCAAAAUUUGAAAAUAAAAUUCGUAGUAUUACUAUUACUAUACUGUUACUAUUCAGAAUGUUUCUAGACAGUUCAGUGUUUUUGAACUUUAAAAGCAACUCAUGGAUGUUAAUAGCCACAGAAUAGUUGGAAAUAAAUAUGAAUUUUUUUAAAUGCUCUAUAGCUUAGGCAGUUCAUGCAUUUUUCUUUGCAUAUUGCUUAAGUUUGAAUUGUCAUGGCUAAUUAGCUUAAGUAUUUAGUAAUCAAAUUUGUGCAAUCAUAUAUAUUACAUUUUAUCAAGGACUACUUUUUGCCCGAGUACCCAAAGUGUCUAAGAUACAUGUUGUCAUUUACAUUUAUAAACAAUGCUUGCAGGAGUAAUAUAAUUGAUUUUUAAUUAUCUGGCUAAAAGUUACAGUCACUUUUUAUAUUUUUGUUUAAAUAAAAUAUAAAGAAGGCAAAGGAAGACCAUGUUUACUACAUUCCAGGCUUUCUUCCUUACAAACUUGA